UAGGAUUUGGACUCUUUCAAUCAAAUGACACUAGCAGGACAAAGAUGAUAUUUUGGAUAUUUACUAUAGUUUACGUGGUUCGAUCAUGUAUGGCAGUGACGGUAACUAUAGAGGGGAAGGAGGUUGAUUGCGAUGGGAACUGCGUGUGUUGUAAAGGAGGAUUGUCAGCAUGUUUAAAUGGUAAGGAUUGUCCAAAGGGAUGUAUUGAAACCAUAUUUGGUCACAGAUGUCAUAACCCUUGUCCCGGAAACUGCUACGAUUGCGAAAGAAAUUCAGGCAGACCAUGUUACAGCUGCAAAGAUACAUUUUAUGAUAAAGACAGUUUGUGUAGCAAGAGGUGUUCUGUCGGGUGUACAAAUGGAACAUGUAAUGACGAUGGAAUAUGUAGCUCAUGUAAAGCAGAUUUCGAAGGGCCUAGAUGCAAGCCAUGUUUGCAAGGAAAAUAUGGUUUAGAGUGCAAAUUAAACUGCGCAAAUCAGAACUGCCUAUGUACGACUGACAUAGAUUGCAUUUCUUGUUUAAACGGCUUCUAUAACAGCAGCGCCUCCUGUCAAACACCUUGUUCCACAGGAUGUCAAAACGGAUCUUGUAAUGAUGAUGGAACAUGUAAUUGUACCUCAAAAUUUAAUGGAACUACAUGCAAUGAAUGUGUGUCCGGAAACUAUGGGACUCAUUGCGAUGAACUUUGUUCCUUAGGCUGUUUAAAUACACAAUGUUCAAAAAAGGGCACGUGUUCCUGUCGUGAUAACUUUAAAGGAACAAGCUGUGAUACAUGUUCAGAUGGACGAUACGGUGAUCGAUGUGAUCAAUUAUGUAGUGUGGGUUGUAAAGGAACGAAGACAUGUGACAGAAUCGACGGUUUCUGUGAAUGUAUUCCUCAGUUUACCGGGGAUAAAUGUGAACAAAGCAAAAGAGGCCUUUACGGACAAGCAUGUGACUUACAUUGUCCGGAUACUUGUAAAGGGGGCACAUGCUCACGAAAUGAAGGGAGAUGCAUACUUGGCUGUGUUGAUUGUUAUUCGGGUGACAGUUGCAUCAGUCCUUGUGACACCUUAUGCGAAACAUGCCUACAAGACGAUACAUCAAACUGCUCGUCAUGCUACGAUGGCUACACUGGAACAACAUGCCGGUGUCAUCCUAACUGCCACUGUGCGACUGGAUCUGAUAUUUGUAGUUCAUGUACAGAUGGGUAUUCUAAUCCUGAACAAAAAUGCACGUGUCAAUCAAAAUAUUGUAUCGGGAGUGAAUGUGAUCAAUGUAGUAACCAGAUGUUUUAUGUUGAUAACAAUUCGUGCUGUGCAUGUCCAGAAAAUUGCAGAGAUGAUGUUUGCAAGAAUGGACCCGAUUGUAUAAACGGUUGCAUGGACGGCUUUUACGGUUUCGAUUGUUCAAAAAACUGUUCGUUCCUCGAUGCUGAGUGUUUACGAUGUAACAAGACGGAUGGAAAGUGCUUGUUGUGCAAUAAAGGAUAUUCCCUGCAUGAAAAUGGCAGUUGCAAUGGCUGCCUAGGAAACUUCUACGGAUAUUUAUGUGAAACUAAAUGCCCUGUAAACUGUCAGCAAAAUGAAACAGAAACGAGUUGUAACAACGGUGGUAAAUGUACAUAUGGAUGCUUUGAUGGCUACAAAGUAGAUGACUGCACAGUGAGCGAUAAACAAGCCAAUGUCGAGUCACCAGUAGGAUAUAUUGUGGGGGUAGUGACCGUUGUAGUCAUCAUCGGUGUGGCUGUUGCGGUCUUCAUUCUGCGUGGAAGAUUUGCUUGCCUGUCUCCCCCACUCACAACAAACGGAAACAUGAAUGCAACUGUCAAAGCUGAUAUUGUUGUCGAAAACAAGAACAAUCAUUCCACCGAUGCUAAUCAACUGAGUCACCGACAUCAGGCAAGCACGUCUUCUUCGCUAAAGCAACCAACAUCAAUAUGCGAGAUAGAUCUGGAAUUUGAUAAGGAUGCUAUUCACGAAGCUGAAAGCACUCCUGGUGUAUAUUACAACAACUCGGUCGCUUUGCAGAGGCCUAAAGUUUCUGUUGACGGUCUUGUUGAAUACGUUGAUUCAUUAACACAAGAUGAUAUCAAAGUUGCAUUUGAGAAAUUUCCCCAAGGGCUUAUUAAGCCGUACGUUCACUCCCAAAGAAGUUGGAACUUGCAAAGGAACAGAUACAAGGGCAUUUAUCCAUAUGACGAUUGCAGAGUAAAGAUUCGAGAUGAAGAUACGGAUUACAUCAAUGCAAGUUUUAUUGAUGGAUAUAAAAAGAGGAAAGAGUACAUCGCCACUUUAGGACCAAUGUCGCAGCAACUGGGUGGCGAAUUCGAACCCUUCUGGCGAAUGGUUUGGCAACAGAAGGUUGAAAAGAUUGUCAUGGUCACCAACCUGAUUGAAAAUGGGACGGGUAAAUGUGAACAGUAUUGGCCAAACGUUGGUACUAACAAGAUGUAUGGCGAGUUUAGAAUUAAGUGUCAUUCGGAGGACAUGUAUGCCGAGUUUACAAGAAGAGCCCUUACAAUUGCAAAGUCAUCCGAAGAAAGGUCCAUCUACCAACUGCACUUCACAUGUUAGCCAGACAAAGGCAUUUCUGAUGAUGUCACAGCAAUCAUUGAAUUCAAACAAAGAGUACUGAAUACGCCUACAGCGUAUACAGGACCUACUGUGGUCCACUGCAGUGCUGGUGUGGGACGAACGGGCACAUACAUUGCUCUGGACAUCCUGACGAAGGAGGGUGAAACUGAAGGAGCGGUUGAUAUCCCUGGAUGUGUGGUCAACAUGCGACAGAACAGGCCGAACAUGAUACAGACUAUG